CCCUGUUUUCCGAAAAGGACCAAGCAGCAUCCAAGAGCUCCGGCAAGAAGAGGAGGAGCCUUUCCCGCCGCCGCCGGAGCUCGCGCCGUGUGAGGGCCCCGCGGUCUACCCCGGUGUUGCUUGGCGCCUGUGGGGAGGGAGCUGCUGACUCCUCCCUUCUUCCCUCCCUCCCGGUUCUCGUGCCGCCGCUGCCGCUGCUCCCCCCACCCCUCCGGUAGUGCGGUCUGCUGGCGUGCUGAGUCGGUCGGUCGCAAUGGAAAACCCAGCAGUUUCCUUUUCCUCGCCCGCGUUGACGAGCGAGCGCCUCUCCCGUUGGAAAAGCCCUGGAAUAGGUUGGCGGUGCUUCUUCCCCGCUUUGGAGAGGUGGCUGAUCCUCCGUGCUAAUAAUCACCGUUUGCUGUCGGGUCUCCUUUGCUUGCCUUGUUUAAGACUUAAGAGGAUACAGGAUCCAAGCAGCAGGAUGGAAUUGAAUGGAGAAAGUAUGCUGACUAACAAGCCAGAAUCUGUAACUUCAAAAUUGUGAUUUGUGUGGACUACGCUGGGAGUUUGAGCUGCAAAAUCUUUCCAAGGGAUUCCAGAAGUGUAUAAACAGCCAUGGCACUCUUCACUCCAUGGAAAUUGUCUUCUCAGAAACUUGGCUUCUUUCUGGUGACUUUUGGCUUUAUUUGGGGAAUGAUGCUCUUGCAUUUUACUAUUCAACAGAAGACUCAGCAUGAAAGCAGUUCAGUGCUUCGUGAACAAAUACUGGAUCUCAGUAAAAGAUACAUAAAAGCAUUAGCAGAAGAAAAUAGAAAUGUAGUGGAUGGACCUUAUGUAGGGACAAUGACUGCAUAUGAUUUGAAGAAAACUCUUGCAGUCUUACUGGAUAAUAUACUGCAGCGCAUUGGGAAGCUUGAGUCUAAGGUUGAGAACCUUGUAAUCAAUGGCACAGGUACAAAUUCCACAAAUAGUACCACCACUGCAAUUCCUAGUUCGGGGACAGCUGAAAAGCUGAAUGUUGCAGAUCUCAUUAACGGAGCCCAGGAACAGUGUGAAUUGCCUCCUAUGGAUGGUUUUCCUCACUGUGAGGGCAAAAUAAAAUGGAUGAAAGAUAUGUGGAGAUCAGAUCCUUGUUAUGCAAGUUACGGUGUUGAUGGGUCUACAUGCUCAUUCUUUAUUUACCUCAGUGAGGUUGAAAAUUGGUGUCCUCGUUUACCCUGGAGAGCAAAAAAUCCCAAUGAAGAAAUGGACCAGAAGACAUUGUUGAAGGCUGAAAUCAGAACCAAUUUUGAUUUGCUAUAUAAAAUGAUGUCAAGACAUGAAGAAUUCCGAUGGAUGGUGCUGCGAAUAAAAAGGAUGGCUGAAACUUGGAUAGAAGCAAUAAAAUCACUUGCUGAAAAGCAAAACUUGGAAAAGAGAAAACGAAAAAAAGUCCUUGUUCAUCUGGGGCUCCUCACAAAAGAAUCUGGAUUCAAGAUUGCAGAAAAUGCCUUCAGUGGUGGCCCACUUGGCGAGCUAGUCCAGUGGAGUGAUUUAAUCAUAUCGCUCUAUUUACUGGGCCACGACAUUAAGAUUUCGGCUUCCCUGGCAGAACUCAAGGAGAUUAUGAAGAAGGUAGUUGGUAACAGAUCUGGCUGUCCUACACAGGGGGAUAAAGUGGUGGAGCUUAUUUAUAUCGACAUUGUGGGACUCACUCAGUUUAAGAAAACGCUUGGGCCAUCCUGGGUUCACUAUCAGUGUAUGUUACGGGUGCUAGAUUCCUUUGGGACUGAACCAGAGUUUAAUCAUGCUCACUACGCCCAGUCUAAAGGCCACAAAACUCCAUGGGGGAAGUGGAACCUUAAUCCACAGCAGUUUUAUACAAUGUUUCCUCACACUCCAGAUAACAGUUUCCUUGGAUUUGUUGUGGAACAGUAUCUGAAUUCCAGUGAUAUCAAACACUUCAAUGUCAUUAAAAGGCAGGAUCAGUCACUUGUUUAUGGGAAAGUUGAUAACUUCUGGAAGGAUAAAAAGUCUUACUUGGAUGUCAUUCAUGCCUAUACAGAAGUUCAUGGGACUGUCCAUGGCACAAGUGCUGUCCAUAUGCCCAGCUAUGUUAAAAACCAUGGGAUUCUCAGUGGCCGAGAUUUACAAUUCUUGUUGAGGGGAACAAAACUUUUCGUGGGUCUUGGCUUCCCAUAUGAGGGUCCCGCACCUUUGGAGGCUAUUGCAAACGGAUGUGCAUUUUUGAACCCAAAGUUUAACCCACCAAAAAGCAGCAAAAACACAGACUUCUUCAAAGGCAAGCCAACUCUUAGAGAGUUGACAUCUCAACAUCCCUAUGCUGAAGUUUACAUUGGGAAACCUCAUGUUUGGACAGUAAAUAUCAAUGAUCUUUCUGAAGUGGAACAGGCCGUGAAAGCAAUUUCCAGCCAAAAGAUUGAACCUUACUUGCCUUUUGAAUUCACGUGUGAAGGAAUGCUUCAGAGAAUGAAUGUGUUCAUUGAGAAACAGGAUUUUUGUCAUGGCCAAGUGAUGUGGCCUCCGUUAAGUGCUCUUCAAGUCAAAAUGGCUGAAACUGGAAAAUCGUGUAAACAGGUUUGUCAAGAAAACCAACUCAUAUGUGAACCAUCUUUUUUCCAGCACUUGAAUAAGGACAAAGAUCUCUUGAAAUACAACAUUCAGUGUCAUACUGCUGAGUCUGCAAAUGAUAUUCUGGUCCCAUCUUUUGAUGAAAAGAGAAAGCACUGUGUUUUCCAGGGUGAUCUUUUGUUGUUCAGCUGUGCAGGGUCUCAUCUAAACCAUAAAAGGAUCUGCCCUUGUAGAGACUAUCUUAAAGGACAAGUUGCACUAUGUAAAGACUGCCUAUAGCAGGAAUUUAAUGUGACUUUUCAAAGUGGCUUGGAGAGAGCCACACUGUGCACUUUGCUACUGCAGACAAAACAGUCGUCGAAGAGCAGAAAUCUAUCCUGAGAAAGGGCAGAUAAGUGAUUUAAAUGUUUAGGAAAGUAAACCUCAAUUUUUAUGUUUUCGUUUUUCAAAGUGAGCUACUUCCAGACACAAAAAUCUCUUUAUUCAAAGACAUGACAAAUCAACGUCCCGACAAGAGCUUGAGAUAAUGUUGGGGCUUCUUCCGCAGUGACUCCUCAAGAUGGACAGUUUGUCAGACAUCACUGAACAAAAUAUCAACCUGAAAGGAUUGGAUGGUGCAGAAACGUCUUCAGACUUGCCAUAGGUAGGCAAAAUGGUGGUGCUGUUCCCGUCGACAAGGCCAGGCAGCUGCUGAAUAACAACACCGUGGUCUCGGUCACUUCCUGGCCUAUCCCAGUCUCAGUGGACUUUCCCCAGCAUCGCUGUUUGAGACUGCCAUUUAAGGAAACCCUCCAAAAUAGGACUGGUAGCUGACAGACUGACCUUUAGGAUCCUUUAGGCUUGAUGAUGGAUUAUGAUUGUGGCGUUAAUCAGAGUUUGAAUAGCCACAUAAACACCCAAUCUGUUUUUUGUUUUGUUUUGUUUUGUUUAAAAAAACCAACAACACUUGCUUUCAACUCUGUAUUCUCUUUCUGACUUGUCCAAAGGUUUUGCUUAGGGGUGUUAGGAAUACUGUGUAAUCAUUGGAGAUAAAAUAGUUUCACUGGAGCAAUAUUUUAUUUCUUGAAUUUGCUGUAAGAUAGCAAAACAGUGUCUAAAAUAAUGAAAACAGGUGGAAGAGUGGUCUGCCCCAGUAUCUUGUAAGGAUUUAAAGAGUAAUUAUGGUCUACAAAUAAUGGUCAUGAAAAGGGGGCUUUAUUUUAUGCAGCCCUUGUUAAAAAAAAUGGAUAUGUAGAAAUAGGCCAUUUAUUUUUUAAAUUGCAAUUAAUCCAGAAUAUUGAAUAUUGAAUUUAAAACAUUGUUUGUAGUCAGGAUAUAAGCUGUUUCUUUUUUUAAAAAAUGCACAGUAUCUUUUUUAAUUGGUUUUUUUUUUAGCACAACUGACACAUGUUUAAAUGCACUGUUCACGGGUAGGAAAAAUAGCAUUGAAUUGAAAAUGAAUGUGUUGUCCAUUUUUGUUCAGCUAGGUUCGGGUGUGGAUAGGGAACAGAAGAGACACUCUUGGGCCAUUUGCAAAAUCAAAACUGUUAUUUCCCUUCUUUGUAAACAUUAAUUGCUAUUUCUACUGAUAGAACAAUAUGCCUGCUUUUAAUCUUUUAUAAUCUAUCAACUCUUUACUUGAUGCAUUAUUUCAUAUCUAAAGGUCAUUGCCUAUCUCUUCACUUGCAGAAGACAAGAAACAUUUUUGAAGAAAUUGCCAAGUUGAAGUUUUAAAGUUGAUUUUUUUUUUAAAAAAAAAAAAUCUGGUUAAAAUAAGUUGAAAUCUGUGUCAGCAUAGUAUUUACGGAAGCCAGUUAUUUAUGUUAAGGGACAUAUUGCCAGAUCUGAAUAAAUUUUGAAUAAGAAAAAUGAUAUUAAAAAAAUUGUUUACAUUGUAUAUUCAGAAACACUCACUUUGUAACAAGAAAUAUAUUACCUAAAUUGAAACAUGUUAUGAGUAGAAUUAAAAGUUACUAAGGAUUAAACCUCGAAAUUAGGAUUCAGUGAAUUGAAUGUCAGAUUGUAAACAUUUCUUUCUUGGUUCUGCAGAAUGUAACUCUUGGGAUCUAAGCAUGUGUAUUUUUUAAGUUAUCAAACCUAGAUAAUUUCUAAGGCCAAGAAUUAUAUAUAUGUAUAUCAUGAGUUCACCUGAACCCACAGACUUAGCACUUCUAAUUGCUGUAGCAGCUAAAAGAAUUUGAUAUUUGUGUUGUAAAUACAACUUUGUUAAUGUCUUCAAAUUAAUUUAUCCUGCAUAAUGGUGGACUGCUUUAAGUCCAGUAUUUCUUUUCCAGAAAAGCUAACAAUAAAGCACGAAUCUAAAAAAUCCAGGCAAAUUUUGUAGGAAAGAAUGGAAAUUAUCAGAAACCAGAUCUGCUUGGAAUCUUUCCUUCAACAUUACUGUGGAUUUUAUAUUCUCGUGCUAAAUUGUGAACUUGCACCUGUGUGUGUUUGUAUUCAUAAAUUGCUUCAGAGAGAGUAAUAAUAUAUUAACAUCCAAACAAACCCUAAAACCUAGAAUGAGUUGUUGGUUGGUCAAAUCAAUAAUUAUAGACCUUCAUUCAGAGGUAGAUUUGUUAAUUGAUAGUCUUGUAGUUCAGCAUAGAUAUAUACAUUUGUUGAGAAAGAAAGAAAAAUGGUUGCAAGGUAAAAAGUGAAGAGUUUUUGGAAAAGUAGAAUUGUUACAGUUCUUAUAUUUUUGCAGUACUUGUAUGAUGUCAUUGAGAGUAGGGUCAGAUCUUCAAUAGGUUCAUUAUUUCAUAGUUUAUUGAAGUUUUUUAUGACAGUAAAAUGGUGUUGAUCCUUGAAGGAAAAUUGUAUAUUGGGCCUUUCGGUUGGAAUUCCAUAUUUAUUUACACUGUCCCGAUUUGGUGGAGCAAAAAUUUUAAGGCAAAUAACAUUUUUGUCAGUUCAGGUUAGAUUGACCUGACACUUUUUCCAUGAAAAAUGUCUAUUAAAAUGUAGAUAUUAACAAGUCCAGUUCCAUUGAGCACUGUUAUAUAAGCUGAAUAUUAAAUGGUUUGUUCAAGAUGUCAUUAAAAAUUACACAGAUUUAUAGGUGUUAAAUUCCUUCUUUUUU